GAUAGACCAGGUCACAUUUCGAAGUCGCCAGGAGCUGGCCGAUAGCUUCAUGGACGUCACACUUCGCCAGCUACGUGACCUGUCACCUCUUUUAGUCAAUACGUCCGUGCUGAGGCUGGGAAGCGCCUAUGAGGGGACCUACAUUAGCCAGUUAGCCGACUUCGACGCCUUCCUGGAACUGAACGACUCACUGCUGGAGGUGUUCCAGUUGGAGCGUCACGAGGACGGCCACGUAGCGGCUCAUCUGCUCCCGAACGUGUCACAGGGGAUGCUGUCUGAAGAGCUCCAGCAGCUCCUCACUGAAGAUGGCUACCUGGAUGCGCGCCGCGUCAAACGCUGGACGCUGGACGGUCUGGCGCGGGCUGUGGAGCGCGCAGCUGCAGAGUUCCCAGAGCUGACGGUAGCUGUGACAGAGCGACAGAACGUGGUGGGCGUACGGCUGCGUUCGGAGGACGCGGUGGUCAGGGUGGAUUUCUCAGCAAUGAUACGCACUCCGCUCGGUUGGCGCGCGCUGCGCCCGGCGGCACUCCGACCGUGUGGUGUAGAGCUGCGUCCUCGGGACCGGCCAGCACGCUGGCACCUGUUCAGCCGACAGGACCUGAAGUCACCUCCUCCGUCCGACAGCUCGGCGCGCUUGUUCGCGCCCGACCCGCUGACGGUGGAGCAGGAGGUGCUGCAGCGCCUGCCGCUCGUCCGGCGGGCCACCCGACUGCUGAAGAUGGUCGCCGCCGCUCGUCGCUGGGACAUCAGGUUCUCGCUCCAGUCAGUCGUCCUCAAACGGGCGGCUCUGAAGGCAUUUGAUGCCCUCUGUGAUCAGCGUCGGCCCGCACCGACUCUGCUGUCCCUCGUCGUCUCGUCGCUGGAGAUCCUCCAGCGAUCCGUCCAGCGAGGGAUGUUCAGCUGCUUCUGGAUCGAAACUCCACUCAACAGACUUCUGGAAGGCCUCGCCGAAGAUCAAUCGAAGAAACAGCAGCUAGCAGCGGAGCUCAAUGAAUUGGCUCAGAUAUUCUCUGCUGCCAGGGUCGAAGAUAUUCGAUUGCUGUUUCAGAUGACAUGUCAAAAUAGUCCCUUUAGGAACCAUAAAAGCACUUUUGACUAAUUAUUUGGUGUGUAAUUGAUUGUUUAUGCUGAUUUAUACCCGUACAGCUGUAUAUGUGCGCUUUUGUGCUUUUUUAACCUUUGAGCGAUAUCAACUGUUAGUGAUCAUUUCUACACAGGUAUGCUAAAAAAUGAUGUUUAUUUUCGUCUUUCCCAUAAACCAAGAAUCACUGGACACUGACGGUCAUCGAAAUGAAACGAAAGCUGUCGGAAUCAUGACACAGUUGUCUUUCAUAUGAGCAUAAUUUUAUACAGGAGAGUUUCCAUCGUGAUCUUGAAAUACCUGUCAGUGGCGAACCACUUUCUUUUUUAAUCAUUUCGUAAGAAAUCCGUCGCCAUAUGAAGCCAACGCCACACGCACAACUUCGGCUCUUCGUCUGGGGGAAACUGACGCCUCCGGAUAUGCUGUUUGGGUUUCGGGAACAGAUGAUUGUCACUUGAAACUAGACUGGGCUGAAUGGGGGUCGACGGCCUCCACUCCCAGCUUCUUGGUCGUUUUAUGUAUGCCUGCGCGGCAUGGGUUUUAUGACAUAAUGAAGAUUCAAGAAUGAAUUGUUUGGUGUCGUAGUGUGCCCGAACGAACAGUGCUGAUCAAUCGAUGCUCCUCCUAUAAUAAA